UCUGCUUCUUCUUCUUCUUCUUCUUCUUCUUCGAUUCUAUCUUCCCACUCUCAUUAGGGUUCCUUCGGAUUUUCCCUCUCCAAGUAUUCCUCUAUUCCUCUACUUCGCAUUCUCCAUUUCGUUGCAAUCAACUUCCAGCGAAAUGGCCGACGAGUCCUCAGUCAGAGCAGUUCCAUGGUGAAAUUCGCGCCAAUUUUCGUGCGCUCUGCUCGACUCGAGAGAUUCAAGUGGCAUUUCGCUCCACUAAAGAGAGAAGUGGUCGACAAUCAUUUGGACUGGGUAAAGGUUGUCGCUGCUAAUUCAUUUAAAGACUCAAGAUCUUAGGAUCUUAGCAGGAAUGAUCGCCGUACCGAUGAAAGAAAGAUAGUGAUUCACUGCUCCACAUCACUCGGAUUACUAAAGUAUAUCUAGAUCAACGAGGUGUUAAACAAUUAGUUUAAAUCCUCAAGAGUUUAAGGGAAUUUGUGAAAAUGUCAUCGCUUCUUGCCCUUCAGCCCAGUGCAUCCCCGAUCAACUCCCCAAAAGUUCACACAUCACCUAUCCAUGGCCUUAAGUCAUGCUCAUCCAUGUCUGAGCUCAAGCAAUAUCACUCCCAGAUCAUCCGUCUUGGUCUUUCUACUGACAAUGAUGCCAUGGGUCGUCUUGUCAAAUUCUGUGCUGUAUCCAAGAAUGGAGACCUUGAUUAUGCACUUCUUUUGUUUAAGACAAUCCCCAACCCAGAUGCAUACAUCUACAAUACCUUAAUAAGAGGCUACUUACAACUCCAAUUCCCUAGAGCUUGCUUACUGUUGUAUUUGGAAAUGCUGCAUAAGUGUGUCCUUCCCAAUAAAUUUACAUUUCCUUCUCUAAUUCGUGCUUGCUGCAUCGAUAAUGCUAUCGAGGAAGGGAAGCAAAUUCAUGGACAUGUUCUUAAAUUUGGCUUCAGAACAGAUAGAUUUUCUCAGAACAAUUUGAUUCAUAUGUAUGCUAAUUUUCAAUCCUUGGAAGAAGCCAGAAGGGUCUUCGAUGGUAUUGAGCUACCCGAUGUUGUGUCAUGGACCACUCUGCUUACUGGGUAUGCUCAGUGUGGAUUUCUAGAUGAAGCCUUACAAGUUUUCGAGUCGAUGCCCGAGCGCAGCUCUGCUUCUUGGAAUGCCAUGAUUUCUUCUUUUGUCCAAAACAAUCGAUUUCAUGAAGCAUUUGCUUUGUUUAAUCGGAUGAGGUCGGAGAAGAUUGUGUUGGACAAAUACAUGGCUGCUAGCAUGUUAUCAGCUUGCACAGGAUUGGGAGCACUUGAACAAGGAAUGUGGAUACACAGAUACAUCAAGAAAAGUGAGAUCAAAUUAGACUCGAAACUUGCAACGACGCUCAUCGACAUGUAUUGUAAAUGCGGUUGCCUGGAUCGUGCUUUUGAAGUGUUCACUCAGUUGCCAGAAAAGGGCAUUUCUUCAUGGAAUUGCAUGAUUGGAGGGAUGGCUAUGCACGGGAAAGGAGAGGCAGCCAUUGAGCUUUUCAAAGACAUGGAGACCAAAAUGGUGACACCAGACAACAUAACUUUCCUUAAUGUUCUCAAUGCUUGUGCUCACUCCGGGUUAGUUGAAAAGGGACGCUACUAUUUCAAUCAUUUCACUCAAGUUUACGAUAUUAAACCCAGAACAGAACAUUAUGGAUGCAUGGUUGAUUUAUAUGGACGAGCCGGGAUGCUAGACGAAGCGAUGAACCUCAUACGUGAGAUGCCAAUGAGUCCCGACGCCGGAGUGUUAGGUGCCUUCGUUGGAGCAUGUAAAAUCCAUGGGAACGUAGACAUGGGGGAGGAAAUAGGCAAGAGAGUAAUAGAACUAGAUCCAAGCAAUAGCGGGCGCUACGUUCUACUCGGAAAUCUGUACGCCGAGGCCGGUAGAUGGGACGGUGUAGCAGAAGUACGAAAGCUAAUGAAUGAUAGAGAAGUGAAGAAGGCUGCUGGGUUUUCCAUGAUUGAAUUGGAGGGCGUGGUGCAUGAAUUCAUUGCAGGAGGAAGGGGUCACCCAGAAGCCAAUGAAAUAUAUGGCAAAGUUAAGGAGAUGGUAGAAUGUAUAAGAUGUGUAGGAUAUGUAACCGAGGAGGAGGAGGAGGUGGAGAAGGACAACCCUGUUUACUACCAUAGUGAGAAACUGGCAGUUGCUUAUGGAUUGCUCAAGACUCGAGCAGGGGAAACGCUUCGAAUCACUAAGAAUCUGCGGGUCUGUAAGGACUGUCACCAAGCUCUUAAGCUUGUUUCUAAGGUGUUUCAACGGAAGAUCAUUGUGAGAGAUAGAAAUCGUUUCCAUCAUUUUGCUGAUGGAGAGUGUUCUUGUAAUGAUUAUUGGUAAACCUAAUUUCAAGUUGCCUCUCCU